AUGACUUUUCCGAUCGUUGUCCUGGCCACUCCUGACAACGAAAUGCUGGAAGUGAGAUACAAGAUGCUAGCUUCUCAGAAGCGAAUAGACCUCCUGCGGGAAGAAGAGAGGGCACUCGUUAUCGCCUCUGCAUUUGCAUCCGUCUACGUGGCCACUCUGUGCUUUCUCCUCCCUACGCGUUAA